AUGCUACGAUUCAAAUCUAAGGUGAGAACAUUUGCUACAUCAUUGGUUGGGCUUGAGAAGAAAAAUUUUUCUAAAACACUCCUACUUCCCAAAACAAAUUUUGGUCCAAAAAUCCCCAAAGGAGAUAUACGAGAAGUAUUGAUCAAACAACUGUCUCAAGAUAUCUACAAAUGGCAGAAAGAAAACAAGGCAAAUAGACGUGAGUUUGUAUUACACGAUGGUCCACCGUAUGCUAAUGGUGAUUUGCAUUUGGGACAUGCCUUGAACAAAAUCACCAAGGAUAUUAUCAAUCGUUUUGAGUUGGUUUUCCAUGAUCGAUUAAUCAAAUAUUCACCAGGUUGGGACUGUCAUGGAUUGCCCAUUGAAAUGAAAGUGGAGACAUUGGGUAAAAAAUAUGAAUCGGCUGUUGAAAUCAGAAAGGCAUGCAGAGAUUGGGCUAACGCAAUGAUAGAUAAACAAAGGCAACUGUUCAAAGAAUAUGCCAUUAUGACGGAUUUCGACAAACCUUACAUCACCAUGAAUCAUGCCUAUGAAAUAAAUCAGCUAAAAAUAUUUUCUAAGCUUAUAGAGAAUGGUUUGUUAUCACAACAACUCAAGCCUGUUUGGUGGGGAUGUGAUACACAAACCGCUUUAGCAGAAGCUGAAUUGGAGUACAAUGACAAACACAAAUCAGUUGCAGUACAUGUCAAAUUUCCCGUUGUAAGCGAGAAUCUUUAUAAAUAUUCCGAACUGAAGGGUCAUGCUGUUGAAUUUGGGAAACUAAAACUCUUGAUUUGGACUUCCACUCCAUGGACCAUUCCAUUGAAUAGAGCAAUUUGUGUGAACGAAAAUAUGACGUAUACGUUAAUACAGAAUGUGACUGAGACUUUGGUUGUAGCUAAAAGUUUAGCAGAGCAAGUAUUGAAGAUCGACCCGAGCUACAAAAUUGUGAAUAUUGAUAUUCCAGGUUCUGUCUUAACGGGCACUUUUUACACUAAUCCUGCUUCUGAUGAUUCAAAGGAAUACCCAGUUUUGCAUGGAGAUCAUGUGAUUGAAACUGCAGGUACGGGCUUGGUCCAUAAUGCUCCAGCACAUGGUCGAGAAGAUUAUAUUGUUGGUAGGAAACAUGGGUUGAGUGUGGAAUCAGCAGUUGACAAUAAUGGUAAAUACAUUGCCAAAUUCUUACCACCAGGCUUUCAAAAAUUGGGAGAUGCAAAGGUGACAGAUGUUAAGACCAACGUAAUUUGUGCUAAUAUAUUGAAUGAAAGUGGCAUGCUUUUCCAUCUUGACAAGAAAUUUGUUCAUUCUUAUCCCUACGACUGGAGAUCCAAGACACCAGUAAUUCAACGUGCAACCCCUCAAUGGUUUGUAAAUGUCGAAAAAAUCAAACCGUAUGCCAAAGAAGCACUUUCGAAGGUUGAAUUUUACCCACAAUCAGGUAGCAAUAGAUUGACACUGUUUGUUGAGAAUAGAAGCGAAUGGUGCAUUUCUAGACAAAGAGUCUGGGGUGUGCCACUUCCAAUUGUUUAUGAGCGAGCCACAGGAGAUGCUGUUCUAGACUUGAAAUUAAUUAAUUAUAUUAUUGAAAAAAUUGAUGAGUUUGGAACUGACGAGUGGUUUGUUGAAGAAACUGACAUUUCUAGGUGGCUUCCUGAUGAGAUGGAUGGCCUGAAAUACUUUAAGGGAAAAGAUACUAUGGAUGUAUGGUUUGAUUCGGGAACUUCUUGGAGCACUUUAAAGUCGUCACUCCAAGAAUGUGCCACCACUAACGAACCAUUAGCAGAUAUUUAUUUGGAAGGAAGUGAUCAACAUAGAGGCUGGUUUCAAUCCUCUUUGUUGAACAAAAUCAUUUAUUCAGGCUCUAACGGGACAUCGUUUCAGCCAAUGGCGCCAUUCAAGAAAGUGAUCACGCAUGGAUUUAUUACUGAUGGCAAGGGCCAGAAAAUGUCAAAAUCCUUGGGUAAUGUAUUUUCACCACGAGAAGCAAUUGAAGGAUGUAAAAAACCUUUAACGCCAUAUCUUGGUACAGAUGGUUUAAGAUUAUGGGUUGCUUCUUCGAAUUACAAGCAAGACGUCAGUUUUAGUCCUGAAGUUCUUACACGGGUAUCUGAAGUUGCUAAAAAGUACAGGGUUACUUUUAAGUACUUAUUGGGUAAUUUACAUGACUUCAAGGACCCUGUUAAUUAUGACCAAAUGAGUGCAUUGGACAAAUAUAUUUUGCAUACAUUAUUUCAGUUGCAGCAAGCCUGUCUUGAAUUUUAUCAGGAUUUUAACUUUUCACGAGUGGUAAGCUCAAUAAACACACAUGUCAACUCAAUUUCUAGUGCUAUUUAUUUUGAUGUUUCCAAAGACUGUUUAUAUACAGAUUCAGCCAACUCAGUUAGAAGAAGAUCGAUCCAAACUGUGCUUAAUGAAAUGAUGAAGACAUAUUUAGGGUUAUUGGCACCUAUUCAGCCCCUUUUGACUCAAGAAGCGUGGUCAGAGUAUAUUAGAAUAGCUAGUUUAAAGGAGGAUUCCGUGUUCAAGGUAGAUAGCAAAUUUUUCAUUUUAAGUGAGAAGUACGAGAAUGAAACCGUGGAAAAGUCUUUUAAUGAGUUUUUAGAAUUGAGAGAUGAUAUAUUUAGAACUGUCGAGAGUUUAAAGCAACAGAAAUUCUUCAAAAACAAAUUGGAACUAGAGAUAUUAUUAUCUGUCAAAGAAAACACAAAUAUAUUCCGCUUUUUGAAGGAAAAUUCAUCAUACCUCGAUGACUUGUUUUUGGUUUCCAGUGUGAAAUUAGUUGAGGGUGAUUUGGAUUAUACAUUCAGAGUGAAUGAUGAACCUGUUCUGAUAAGAAUUCAACACUCCUCGAAAUGCAAGUGUCCUAGAUGUUGGAAAUACACUUCAGAGUCUCCAGACAUUUUAUGUGAGAAAUGUGACAGCGUUGUAGAAUCGCUCAACUAG